UUUACUUUCGCAGGGGUGGGCCUUAACUUUUACUUCUAAUUUUCCCCUUUUAAUUUGGCAGUGUGGCGGCAGAGUUGGUAAUAUGGGGACAGUGGUGGUGGUAGUGGGGUGGUGAAGUUGGUAGUGUGGCGGUGUGGCGGCAACGAUGUGGAGUGUGGUGGCGAAGUUUGGUAGUGUGGUAACGGAGUUUGGUAGUGUGGCGACAGAGUUGGUAGGCAGUGGUGGAGUGUGGAAGUGUGGCGGUGGACUUGGGAGUGUGGUGACGAAGUAUGGCAGUAUGGAGGGAUGGUGGUUGCAGUGUUGUGACAGGGUUGGCACUGUGGAGUCUGGCGACAGAGUUGGUAGUAAGGCGUCGGAGUUGGCAUUGUGCCAGCGGUGGUAGUGUGGCGGCAGCGGUGUGAUGGUGAUGGCAGAGGCUGCGAUGCUGCGAUGCUGCGGCGGUCAGCGGUGGGACUGGGGCAGUGGUGUGGCGGUGGUUCAGGGGAUCUUGACCAGGGGUAUGGUGACAAAACAAAAAAGAUAAGAAGGCCGGGACUUCUAUGUUUUAAUAACAUUGAUCGAGCUCC